ACACUCUAUUUAUAUAUGUAUAUAUACACAUACGCAUGCACUAUUUACAUGUUGCACACACAUAUAAAUAUAUAUACACAUACAUAUAAAUAAUGUUCUCGCACCCCUACAGGAAAAGAGUAUACACACACAUUGCAACCAUAGGUGGCAGCGCCCCCUCGCGAGUGGUCGGUGCAGCAAAGAUGGCUGACGAUGAGGAAGAGAGGGUGGAGGAAGACGCGAAUAAUGACGCUUCAGAUGAAUAUUCGGACAGUGGCGAACAAAUAACCGUACCAACAUGUGUGGAACAGACGUCUUUACAACGUAUGCUGACCAGUAUAGCAGCAGAACGAACGAGGGAGUACCCCGCCUUAAACAUAUCCACAGAUAGUAUUGAAGUUGUUAGCACCAACAAAUUCUGGACCACACUGUUUACUGAAUACUUCAUAGAAGGCAGCAUCAACGAUGACGAACGAGACGACAUGGUUUUUUAUGUCCGAAAAUCUCAUAUUAAUCGCGGUCGCAUUCCUCAAAUUCAGACGGAAAUCCAAGUUUACCGGAGGGAUUCGAAGAAACUGCCAGCUCUUGUGGACCGAGGCAUUGACUGGGAGGAGACUGUCUAUUUAAACCUCAUUCUUCAUCAGUUUGAAUAUACAGUAACGUGUGCGAUCUGUACAAGGACCAGUGAUAAAGAUUUACAAAUCCUGAAAAAAUUUGCUCAGAAAGUCUAUCCGUCUCCAAGUCGUCGGAGAAUGGACAGCAAAGGAACAGAAGAAGCCAUAGCCUAUCCCAAUAUCUUUUUCUCUGUUGAUAAUUUUGAGGAGGCAUUUGCUGAUAUCAUUGUCAGAGACAGCGAAAUAAUUUGUGUAGAAUUAGUUGCCACAGACCAUGAUGGCAAAUUUCAAGGCGUGAUCUUCCUCGGUUCUAUAAAAUAUGAAGCCCUGAAGAAAGUCUAUGAUGCAAGGGAGCAAAACUCUUACAAUGAACGCAGGAUGAGUGACCCGAGUUCUGCAGUGGGGGGUACAUUUAUGCGUGGAAGUUUCCGGAAAUUAAACAUAAGGAAAUCUCGCUCGGAAACAGAAAACGUCGACAACAUAGGUACAGACAAUUGCCACGAAGUGGAAGCAGCUGCUAUACAAGAUGAAUUAGCUGAAACAGAACAAUAUAAUGGAUUCUGGGGGAGUUCUUUUGGCCAACCAUGGCAUUGGUUCAAAGAACGACGACGUGCCACCAGUGUUGCUCUCCACGCCUACCUCACCUAUGUUACAUUGCCAUGGUAUCGAAUCAUAGCUGAGUAACUCAAAACUAUUUGCGAUUCGCCUUGAAAGUACAGAAGUUUUCCUUCUUUCUUACAUAAGUACUCAAAAAAAAAUAAUCCUAAAAAUAAGUGGAAGGUAAAAAUUUGUGGUCGUUGUUUGCCGGAAUUGAAGUAAUUAACGUUCUUAUCAUGAUGAUGACGGUAUGUAAUAUACACCGAAAGUGACGACGUUGACGGAAGUGGUGACCUAUUUUUGCUAAAAAGAGCGCCACUUUAAAAUCAAAAUCCAUUUCGGACGCCCUUCAUAGAAAU